UAAAAAGUCAUAAUUGAAAACUAACUUACAAUAAUGAAGACUUCGCAAGCAGAAACUCUUCUCGCGAUAUUGUACAAUGCAUCGAUGAUUUUUUCGAUUGUGUCUUUAACAUCUCUCGCGAUCAUUUGGCAGCAUUGGGAAAUGACGUUAAACGUUUGCAUUAGCGUUAAUUGCGGUUGUAUAUUAUAUGGUAUUAAUACAUUUAGCACGUUUAUGGGUGGCGAUAUAAAAUUAUGCCAUUUUGGUGUCUAUGGACUCGUUCCUACUGUUAUAAUCGGCUUGUGCCUUGGUGUAUAUCAUAUUUACAGAUGCUGUAUUAAUCGUGGUCUCGAUGAGCCCAGGACAAUAAAUUAUAGUAAUAACAGAACUACUAUCAAUGGGCAAGUUGUCGUAAUUGGCCCUAAAAGGAGAGCUCCAUUUAAACAAUGGAUGUCGUCAGCAUUUUGCGCUGCUCUGAUUGGUUGUCUAUCGCUUGCACACGCAGUUGUUAUGACGGACGGAUUUUAUAAAACUUGUGAACAAUAUAAAAGAGGUCUGAUUCAACUUUUGGGUUCCAGAGGACGUGAAGCUCAUGUAAUUCGAUAUAGACUCGCUUGUGCUGCAAUUUUUGACUACAUGGAUUAUCUUCAACCGGAUGUUAAUAAUUUUAGGCGGGGAGAAGAACUAAAUACAGGUUUUGCAUUACAACUCGCAAUCGUUUGUACAUGGCUUAAUUUUGUUACAUGGGUCAUUAUAUGUCUUCUCUGUUUUACCAUGGCUAAAAAAAAACUCAAUACUUUAGGAGAACACUUUUGUUGUUGCUGAAUUAAUUUUCUUAUUCAAGUAUCAUCUUUUAAUAUCAAUUUACAAAAUCAAUUUGAUUUGCGAUAAAUAAAUAAUUCGCUUUGCUAGUCCUUAUUAAAAUUCAUUAUCAUUCCAUCAUAUAGAC